AUGCCGCCCAAGGCUGCGCCGGUGCGCCCGGCGACGCCGACGCCUCCACCUACCGGUGCUGGCGCUGCGCCGUCAAAGGACGACACCAACGACAUCCUCGUCCUGCAGGACUUUAUGGACACGAUUGACCAGAUCCCCGUCGAGAUGACGCGCGUCCACAGCGACCUGAACGAGCUCGGCGCCGUCCUCUACUGUGAGUUCGCUCGUCUAAAUGGUCAACUGACGGCAGCAACAUUGUGUAAUCUGGAGCGGAAACUGCACCAACUUAUCGACUGGGUGCAGGACCCGACCAUCGGUCCCGAGCAGCGCUUCGGUCUGCUGCAGGAGAUUGCAGAGGAGGCGGCGCGCUACAAGUUGGGCGGAGACGACAAGAUCCGCGUCGCCGGCGGCGCCUGCGAUGGCAUCAUGGCCCACCAGCGGCAUAUCUCUGACCUGCUCGCCUCCUCGACGCUGCUGGAGAAGGAUCCUCCCUCGCCGUACACCGCGACUCUCACUCUUCCCGCUGUCCCCGCUCCGCCUGCCGGACGCCGAGGUGGCCGCACGACCGGCUCGCCCUUCACAGGGAAGGACGGCGGCGGCACGCCGAAGCGCAAGAAGAAGGCGAAGGAGACGACCAAAGACGACGAUGAUGUCAGCUCUGUCAACGGCAAGGAGGAGAAGAAGAAGGCCGCUUCGAAGCGCAAAAACAAGCCGGCGGAGCCCGUUGCGCGCACCGCGCGCCAGAUUGCCGCCGCGGCCGCCAAGGCGAAGGCGAAAGCGAAGGCGGCCGAGGACUCGGAGGACGACACUGGCGACGAGCGACGCGGGACCGCGAUGGCGGUUUCGGCAAGUGCGGACAGCCUUGCUCCGUCCGGUGCGCUCGGCGUCGACCUGGGAAGCCGGGAGGGAAGCGCCACGAAGAAGCGUUCGCGGAAGCGCGGGCGCGACGACGAUGCCUCGGACGAGGAGGAGGAGGAGGAGCCGCCGCGGAAGAACGGGAAGAAGAGUACGGCAGCGGCCGCUGCCGCCGCGUACGAGGAGGUCGAGCCCGAGGGCGACGCGACGGCGGGCGAGAACGAGCUCGACUCCAAGGUGUACUGCACGUGCCGACAGGUGUCGUACGGCGAGAUGAUCGGGUGCGACGACGACGACUGCGAGAUCGAGUGGUACCACGUCGCAUGCCUCAACCUCGACAAGGCGCCCGAGGGCAACUGGAUCUGCCCGCAGUGCAUCGAGCGCAGGAAGAGGCACCCCAAGGCCAAGAAGCCGUCGAAGGCGAAGCGCAAGUAG